GUCCCCGUGUCUGUCGCUAUGGUGGGCGGUGCUGCAAGCAGCCAUCUUGGUGCUGGCAGCAAACCUCAAGUGCGGAUACUGGACGUGUCCCGAGGCGAAGCCCGGCGUCCUCAACUUCCACGUGGUCCCUUACUGGCGGAUCGAGGCAUCCGACACUUUUGAGAACCUCUACGAGAACUGGGCCAAGCCAACCCUUUCGGCCGUGGUGGAAGAACUGUCGCCGAACUCACCGCGGCGCUUCUCUUUCGACCAGGUGGCAUUCGUGGCACGCUGGUGGGAGGAACAGAACGUCAGCUCCAGAACCCGGAUGCACCGCCUCGUGGACUCCGGUCGCCUGGAGCCCCUGGGCGGAGGCUGGGUGCAGCCGGACGAAGCGAGCUGUCACUACUCGGCGCUCGUCGACCAGCUCACUCUGGGCAUGCGCUGGCUGCAAGAGAACCUGGGCGACUGCGGACGCCCACGCGCCGCAUGGCAGCUGGACACGUGGGGACACUCGGUCGAGCUGGCGUCGCUGCUGUCGCAGGCGGGACUGCACGGCCUGUUCCUCAGUCGCCUACCGGAGAACAUGGCGUCGCACUUCGUCUGGAAGGCCGACGCCAGCCUGGGGGAGGCCGGGGAAAUCUUCACGGCAACAGCUCGUCGAGGAUGGCCCGAGGGCUACUGCUUCGACGCCGACUGCCCCAAGGACAAGCUGACGGUAUGA